AUCACGUGACGUGACGUUGAGCCAACAUGGCGACACAGUGCUGAUGUUGCAGCCCCAACAAACUCGUUGGCGACAGUAUUGACACUAACCGAUAGCCCGGUUCCGUUUGCCUUCCUGACACCUGCGUCAAACGCAGGGCCGGCCGAGGAUGACGGCCUGAGAAAAGAUCGGUCCCUCCAAGAGAUGCAACAACAACAUCAUCUUCAUCUACCACCACCGCCGCCACAACAGACGCAGACAGAAUCCAGCACGAAAACGAAGAGCAUGUUUCUGUCCAGGGCUCUGGAGAAGAUCCUGUCGGAUAAGGAGGUGAAGCGGAGCCAAAACAGCCAGUUACGAAAAGCCUGUCAGGUUGCACUCGAUGAAAUCAAGAUCGAGCUAGAGAAGCAAAAAGAUGGCACAGUGGUCCCGCCCAGAGCUAACUACAUCGAGGCUGAUAAGUAUGUGCUGCCCUUCGAGCUGGCCUGUCAAUCAAAGUCCCCACGGAUAGUCAGCACCUCGCUGGACUGUCUACAGAAGCUCAUGGCGUACGGCCACAUCACAGGCAGCGCCCCUGACAGCAGCGCCCCAGGGAAGCGUCUGAUCGACAGGCUGGUGGAGACGGUGUGUGACUGCUUCCAGGGUCCGCACACGGACGAGGGCGUGCAGCUGCAGAUCAUCAAGGCCCUCCUGACGGCAGUCACCUCCCCCCACAUAGAGAUCCAUGAAGGCACGGUUCUGUUGACGGUCAGGACCUGCUACAACAUCUACCUGGCCAGCAGGAACCUCAUCAACCAGACCACGGCCAAGGCCACGCUCACACAGAUGCUCAACGUCAUCUUCACCCGUAUGGAGACGCAGGCGGCCCUGGAGGCCCAGGAGAAGGACCGGCUGCCUCUGCCCCCCCGGCCCUCCUGCCCCUCCCCAGGGGGCGUCUCCGGUUCUCCCCGCUCCGACCGGAGCCACACCCCUGACGCCGGCCCCUCCCCCGGCCCCUCCCCUGUCGGCAGCACCCCAGACCUCAGCUCCACCACGCCCCCCGCCCCCGACACGCCCUCGCUCAACGGCCAACCAGAGGAGAGCAGGGCAGAGGAGGAGGCGGAGAAGAGGGAAGCCACACCCCUUCCAGAUGUGUUUGAUGAAGAGGCUCCUGCCACGCCCCCCACAGUGACCCAGGAAGGAGAGGAGGAGAGGGGGGAGGCAGGGGGGGAGGAGGGGGAGGGACAAAAGGAGGAGACAAAGCCCAGAGAAGACGUUAAGGCGGAGGAGGAAGUGACCUCAUCUGAACGCGAGUCCCAGACACAGACCGGACCAGGAGGGGACCAUGCCUCUCUCCCCCAGCCGGAGCAGGGGGAGGUGGCGCCUCCCGGAGGUAGGGUGGAGGGGCAGCAGAUGAACGGCAUCAUAGAGGACCGAGGUUCAGUCUCCUCUACGGACAUCCUGGAUUCUGAGGGUUGCCUUGGAGCCCCCCCUGGUAGCAGGUUCUCUCAUGUUCUCCAGAAGGACGCCUUCCUGGUGUUCCGCUCCCUCUGCAAGCUCUCCAUGAAGCCCCUGGCCGACGGACCCCCAGACCCAAAGUCUCAUGAGUUGCGUUCCAAGGUGGUCUCCCUGCAGCUGCUGCUGUCUGUGCUGCAGGGGGCGGGGCCUGUGUUCCGCACGCACGAAAUGUUUGCCAACGCCAUCAAGCAGUACCUGUGUGUGGCGCUGUCCAAGAAUGGCGUCUCCUCCGUGCCCGAGGUGUUUGAGCUGUCGCUCGCCAUCUUCCUCACGCUCCUCUCUCACUUCAAGGUCCACCUCAAGAUGCAGAUCGAGGUGUUCUUCAGAGAGAUCUUCCUCACCAUCCUGGAGACGUCCUCCAGCUCCUUCCAACACAAGUGGAUGGUGAUCCAGACACUCACACGCAUCUGUGCAGACGCCCAGUGUGUGGUGGACAUCUACGUGAACUAUGACUGUGACCUGAACGCUGCCAACAUCUUUGAGCGUCUGGUGAACGACCUGUCCAAGAUCGCCCAGGGCAGGAGCGGCCAGGAGCUGGGCAUGACUCCUCUGCAGGAACUCAGCCUCCGUAAGAAGGGGCUGGAGUGUUUGGUGUCGGUGCUGAAGUGCAUGGUGGAGUGGAGCCGAGACAUGUACCUCAACCCCAACCUGCAGGCCAACCUCGGCCAGGAGCGUCCAGCGGAGGCGGAGGGGGCGGAGCUGAAGCUUCCGGAACACGUGUCGUCCCGGAGAGACAGCAGCAGCUCUCUGGAGUCCACGCUGUCGUGCGCCCAGCAGGACCCCAACCCUGACCCCAACCCCGAGCAGUACGAGGUCAUCAAGCAGCAGAAGGACAUCAUCCAACACGGCAUCCAGCUGUUUAAUAAGAAGCCUAAGCGAGGGGUCCAGUACCUGCAGGAGCAAGGCAUGCUGGGAGUCUCAGCGGAGGACAUCGCCCAGUUCCUCCACCAGGAGGAGCGCCUGGACACGACCCAGGUGGGGGAGUACCUGGGUGAGAACAUCCGGUUCAACAAGGAAGUGAUGUACCGCUACGUUGACCAGCUGGACUUCUGCGGCCGUGACUUUGUGUCUGCGCUCAGGGUGUUCCUGGAGGGCUUCCGCCUGCCCGGGGAGGCCCAGAAGAUAGACAGGCUCAUGGAGAAGUUUGCUGCCCGCUACCUGGAGUGCAACCAGGGACAGACAGAGUUUGCCAGUGCAGACACAGCCUACGUCCUGGCCUACUCUAUCAUCAUGCUGACCACCGACCUGCACAGUCCUCAGGUGAAGAACAAGAUGACCAAGGAGCAGUACAUCAAGAUGAACAGAGGCAUCAACGACAGUAAGGACCUGCCAGAGGACUACCUGUCCUCCAUCUACAACGAGAUCGCCGGCAAGAAGAUCUCCAUGAAGGAGAGCAAGGAGCACUCCAUCACCCCCAAGUCCAGCAAGCACAACGUGGCCAGUGAGAAGCAGAGGCGGCUGCUCUACAACGUGGAGAUGGAGCAGAUGGCCAAGACAGCCAAGGCUCUGAUGGAGGCAGUCAGCCACGCCCAGGCCCCCUUCUUCAGCGCCACACACCUGGAGCACGUUAGGCCCAUGUUCAAGCUGGCGUGGACGCCCCUGCUAGCAGCCUUCAGCGUGGGGCUGCAGGACUGUGACGACCAGGAGGUGGCCUGUCUGUGUCUGGAGGGGAUCCGCUGUGCCAUCAGGAUAGCCUGCAUCUUCAGCAUGCAGCUGGAGCGGGACGCGUACGUGCAGGCCCUGGCCAGGUUCACCCUGCUCACUGCCAGCUCCAGCAUCACUGAGAUGAAGCAGAAGAACAUCGACACCAUCAAGACCCUCAUCACCGUGGCCCACACCGACGGCAACUACCUGGGGCACUCCUGGCAUGAGAUCCUCAGGUGUAUCAGUCAGUUGGAGCUGGCUCAGCUGAUUGGUACGGGGGUGAAGCCUCGCUACGUCUCUGGGGUGAUGAGGGAGCCGGGGGUCAGAGGUCACCCUGCAGGGGAGGAGUUCAUGACCCUGGGGCUGGGUACCCUGGUGGGGGCUCCAGACAGGAGACAGAUGGCUCACCUGCAGGAGUCUGUGGGAGAGACCAGCUCUCAGAGCGUAGUGGUAGCUGUGGACAGGAUCUUUACUGGCUCCACCAGGCUAGAUGGAAAUGCAGUUGUGGACUUUGUGCGCUGGCUGUGUGCUGUAUCCAUGGAUGAGCUGGCCUCUUCCCACCAGCCCCGCAUGUUCAGCCUGCAGAAGAUCGUGGAGAUCUCCUACUACAACAUGAACCGCAUCCGCCUGCAGUGGUCCAGGAUCUGGCAUGUCAUUGGAGAUCACUUCAACAAGGUGGGCUGCAGCCCUAACGAGGAUGUAGCAGUGUUUGCAGUGGACUCCCUGCGACAGCUCUCCAUGAAGUUCCUGGAGAAGGGAGAGCUGGCCAACUUCCGCUUCCAGAAGGACUUCCUGAGGCCCUUCGAACACAUCAUGAAGAAGAACAGGUCCCCCAUCAUCAGGGACAUGGUAAUCCGCUGUGUGGCCCAGAUGGUCAACUCCCAGGCAGGGAACAUCCGCUCCGGCUGGAAGAACAUCUUCUCAGUGUUCCACCAGGCUGCCUCCGACCACGAUGAGACCAUCGUGGAGCUGGCCUUCCACACCACCGGACACAUCGUCUUGAAUACCUUCCAGCAGCACUUUGCGGUGGCCAUCGACUCGUUCCAGGAUGCAGUGAAGUGUCUGUCUGAGUUUGUGUGCAACGCUGCUUUCCCAGACACCAGCAUGGAGGCCAUCAGACUGAUCCGGCACUGUGCCAAGUACAUCGCAGACCGGCCGCAGGCCUUGAGAGAGUACACCAGUGAUGACAUGAACGUCGCCCCUGGUGACCGUGUGUGGGUCCGUGGCUGGUUCCCCAUCCUGUUUGAGCUGUCUUGCAUCAUCAACCGCUGCAAGCUGGACGUACGCACACGGGGUCUGACAGUCAUGUUUGAGAUCAUGAAGAGCUACGGAGCUUCCUUCCAGCAGCACUGGUGGCACGACCUGUUCAGGAUCGUCUUCAGGAUCUUUGACAACAUGAAGCUGCCGGAACAACAGACAGAGAAGACAGAGUGGAUGACCACCACGUGUAACCACGCCCUCUACGCCAUCUGUGACGUGUUCACCCAGUUCUAUGAGCCACUCAGCCAGGUGCUGCUGGACGACAUCUACACACAGCUCCAGUGGUGCGUCAGACAAGACAACGAGCAGCUCGCUCGCUCAGGGACCAACUGUCUGGAGAACCUGGUGAUCCUGAACGGUGAGAAGUUCAGCCCUGACGUCUGGGACACCACCUGCUCCUGCCUGCUCCAGAUCUUCCAGACCACCAGCCCGCACGCCUUGUUGACAUGGCGACCAGCUGGACAGGAAGAGGAAGUCGUGGAGGGGAGACACAUGGACGUGGACUACGACAGCCAAUCCCAGAGCAGCUUUGACAAGGCCCUAUCAGAGCGAGGGGGCCAGAGCCAGAUGUCCACCGCCAGCGACGACACCUGGAAAGAAAAAUCUAACGCCAGGCUGCCAGACCAGAAGCUGUUUGCAGGACUGCUCAUCAGGUGUGUGGUGCAGCUGGAGCUCAUCCAGACGGUGGACAACAUCGUGUUCUACCCCUCCACCAGCAGGAAGGAGGAUGCUGACAACAUGGCUGCCGCCCAGAGGGACACCCUGGAGGAGGGGGGUCUGGAGCAGGGGGGCCCAGGGCAGGCCCAGGAGGGGGCCCUGGGGCAGGGGGCCCAGGGGAUGUACAGCCAUCUGUCUCCUCAGCACCUGUUUAAGCUGCUGGACUGUCUGCUGGAGUCUCACUCCUUCGCCCGGGAUUUUAACUCUAACAACGAGCAGAGGACAGCUCUCUGGAGGGCAGGCUUCAAGGGGAAGUCCAAGCCCAACCUGUUGAAGCAGGAGACCAGCAGUCUGGCAUGCAGCCUGAGGAUCCUGUUCAGGAUGUACUCUGACCCAGCCCUCUCCACCAGCUGGCCCCACAUCCACACACGCCUGCUGCUGGUGUGCAGCGAGGCGCUGGGUUACUUCAUCAGACUGACGUCAGAGAGUCACAGAGAGGCCUGGACCAGCCUGCUGAUGCUGCUGCUAACCAGGACCCUGCGACUGCCUGACCACAAGUUCAAGCCCCAUGCGUCCUGCUACUACCCCCACCUGUGUGAGAUGAUGCAGUUUGACCUGAUCCCAGAGCUCAGAGUCGUCCUCAGACACUUCUUCCUGCGCAUCGGCUCCGUCUUCCACAUCGCUGCGCCCCCCUCCCCCGCGCCUGCCCCCUCCCUCGCCCCUGUGCCUUCCCCCGAGCCCGUGACCCCCGCGCCUGCCCCCUCCCCCGAGGUCUGA